UGACUGGUUGGAGCCCUCGGGACGGGAAAAACCAAUGACUGAAAACAACUGGUGAUAUGGCUGAAUAUCGUUCUCAAUAGCUGGCUAGUGCAGAUGCAUCCACUCGUUGUGACUUAUGGUUUCCAAUGAAACCAUUUUCCCCCCUUAUGAUGUUGAUGCUCUUAAUCAGUUUUUUAUGCGCUCUACUUCUACUAUAACUACUUCUAACGUUACUAAUCAUGUAACUGAUAACUUCCAGGACUUUAACACUCUUAAUGUUUUAAAAUGUCUUAAAACUCUUAAGCCCUCAUGUUACCGUGGCCCUGAUGGCAUACCUGCAUAUGUUCUAAAACAAUGUGCAGAUGCUUUAUGUUCUCCUCUAACUAACAUCCUAAAUGCUUCUUUCUCCAAAAACGUUGUACCUGUUCCGUGGAAAGACAUUAAAAUAGUCCCUGUCCCUAAACCUGGAAAUAGCAAGAACGUAAAGUUCAGACCCAUUGCCAUUACUUCCCUGUUUCUAAAGCUUAUGAAAAAACUAGUACUUCUUAAACUCGAACCCUCCCUUAAAUGCUUUGAAGACCCCAAACAAUUUGCCUACAGACAGGGUAGGAGCACUUUAGACGCUGCAGCCGUCUUACACAACAGUAUCGUCUCAUCAUUAGAUAAAGGUGCCAAAUAUGUCCGCUGCACGUUUCUUGACUUCACUUCUGCUUUCGACUCUGUACCUACAUGUCUCUAGCUAAAUAAGCUCUCCAUGGCACAAACUGAGUCCUGGGUCACUAACUGGUUGCAUUCCUACUUCUCUAACAGAAUGCAGUAUACCGUAUACGAAGGUAAAUCCUCCUCUGCUGUGCUCACUAAACCUGGUGUCCCCCAAGGGACUGUACUCUCCCCACUUCUCUUUUCUUUCUCUCUACAUAACCUACCAUCUUCAAAUGACAUUAAUUUUGUCAAAUAUGCUGACGACCUGACUGUACCUUUGCCUGUCAAAUGUCAAAGUGACUGCACUAAACUAAACGGCUUUUUACCAGAAAUCAGCCAAUGGUCCAAGGAAAACGGUCUUACCUUAAAUCCCUCUAAAUGUCAAACAGUCAAUUUCACCUUAAGGCAUAAAUCUGACCUAAACAAGCUGGUUAGCACUCAUGAGGUGUGCAACAUAGAUUGCACUGAAAUUGAAACCAAGUCGGAAAUUAAAUACCUAGGCGUCACUCUAUCUUCUGAUCUUUCCUGGUCGUCUCAUAUCUUGAUGAUUUCUAAGAAAAUAUUCCGUCUUACCCUCUACAUCAAGAAGUUAAGACAUUCUG